UCUGUUGGAAUGCUCCUGUGCUUCGUGUCGUGGCUGGGAUGGUGGCUGGGCUGGGCUCAGGUCAAGUGCUGGCUGCCCGGGUGGUGCCUGGUGCCAUGGCUGAGCUUGUCCCAGCAUCCUGCCUGGUUCCAGCUGCUGCCAGGCUGGCACUUUCAGAAUCACUGGGAAGGAGGUGGUGCUGGCAGGAUGCUGGUCUCCCUGCUCUUCCCCCAAGUGAGCCGGCCCCUCCGAUGCCUCAUCCAGGACUUGCAUCACUGCAGAUGGGGGUUGUGUGGGCAGAAGGGGGCUGGCUGUCCCCACAGGGGUCUACAGACCACCCAAGCAACCAACAGCAGUGACAUUACCCCUGUCUUCACUAGGGCUUUGGCCUUUGGUGAGAAAAUUGCCAUCAUUGACCAAAACGGCGAGCACACUUACCGGGACCUCCUCGGUCAGAGCCUGCGCUUGUCCCAGGAGAUCUGCAGAGCUCUGGGCUGCUCCAGCAGGGACUUGAAGGAAGAGAGGAUCUCAUUUUUGUGUCCCAAUGAUGCCUCCUAUGUUGUGGCCCAGUGGGCUUCCUGGAUGAGCGGGGGCAUCGCUGUGCCCCUGUACAAGAAGCACCCAGUGCCAGAGCUGGAGUAUGUGAUCCAGGACUCGCAGAGCGCUCUGGUCAUUGCUGCAGAGGAGUAUGUGGGGAAAAUAACCCCUAGUGCUGAGAAGCUGGGAGUCCCUAUUCUGCCCCUGCUUAGAUCUCGGAGUGAUGGAUCCAUGAGUCAUGCAGCAGUGGAAGAGGGUCCCUUGACUACCUGCUCCUCGUGGAAAGACAGAGGAGCCAUGAUAAUCUACACUAGUGGGACGACGGGAAGGCCAAAGGGUGUCCUCAGCACCCACGAGAACGUGCAGGCUGUGACCACAGGGCUGGUUGAGAAAUGGGAGUGGAAGAAGGAGGAUGUUAUUCUGCACGUGCUGCCUUUGCAUCAUGUCCACGGGGUGAUCAAUAAGCUCCUCUGCCCUCUCUGGGUGGGAGCCACGUGCAUCAUGUUGCCCGAAUUCAGCGCACAGAUGGUUUGGAAGAAGAUCCUGAGCUCUCAAGCUCCUCGUAUCAAUGUCUUCAUGGCAGUGCCCACUAUCUACGCCAAGCUGAUAGAAUAUUACGACAAGCAUUUCUCUCAGCCACAAGUCCAGGAUUUUGUGCGUGCCUUUUGCCAGGAGAACAUCAGGUUAAUGGUGUCAGGCUCAGCAGCCCUGCCUGUGCCUGUCCUGGAGAAGUGGAAGAGCAUCACUGGGCACACCCUGCUGGAGAGGUAUGGGAUGACUGAGAUUGGGAUGGCGCUUUCUAACCCUUUGCAUGGAGUCCGUGUCCCAGGAUCCGUGGGCACGCCGCUGCCCGGGGUGGAAGUGCGCAUUGUCACCGAGACCUUGAAGAACGGUGGUCGUUCCUACACCAUCCAUGCUCAAGGAGAUGAAGACAACACACAGGUGACACCAGGUCUUGAGGGACAAGAAGGGGAGCUGCUGGUGAAGGGACCCUCCGUCUUCCGGGAGUACUGGAACAGACCCAGGGAAACAGCAGAGGCCUUCACGCCUGAUGGCUGGUUCAAAACAGUUGACAGAGCUGCUUAGAUCAAAGUCCCCUCCAGCCAUUUCCAGGGAGACUGCUGGGUAUCCACCUGCUGUCAUACAUCCAAGUGGCACCAAGCCCUCGGGGACCCAGACAAACCCCAAGGAAAAAUGCCUCCAGCCGUCUGUCUGCUGUCUCUGUGAUACCUUCCCAGCUGUCCCGUGCCCCACCAGGUGAGAGGCAAUCUCCAAGCACACUCAUAGGCCACUGAGCAGGAAGGAUGGAAGGAAAAAAUAAGGAAGGAUUUUAUUUUUUUUUUUAUACUGUGGAGGUUGAGACACUGGUCCAGAUUGCCCAGAGAGGUGGUAGAUGCUCCAUCCCUGGAAGGUCAGGUGCCAUAUCCCCGUUAAAGGUCAGGUUGGAUGGUGCUCUGAGCAACCUGAACUAGUUGAAGACGUCCAUGCUCUCUGCAGGGGAUUGGACCAGGAGACCUUUAAAGGUCCCUUCCAACCCAAACCAUUCCGUGAUUCUAUGAGCAAUUGCUGAGCAAACCCUGGGAGCUGGAGGGAAGCAGCAGCCCAAGCCCAGCUCCUCUGGUCAUCCCACUCCCUGAUCUUUAUUCAUCCGUACCAGCCUCGCAACGCUCGUGUCUCUCAGACACUGUCAGACUGUGUUAUCUCUGCCCAGGAGGUGGCAAGUGUCAGGCUUUGGGGGUGUGAGGAAGCGGACAGAGGGCUGGGAUGGAGUCACACAGCCUGGUGGUCGGGCCCUGCCCCUUGGCCUGCACGUUUUCCUGCCUGUGCCGGGUGUUUUCUCCAGAGGAAUCCAGCAUUACAUGGUGUGCACGGAGGGACUGAUAGGAUCAGAAAGCAGGCUUCUCCCCGAGGGAAGGCCUGCUUCCAUUCACAUUUGCCCAUACAUCCAGAAAAUUAGAAUCUGGUGUAUUCAGGGAGAUUUUUUUUCAAUUACAGGUUAAGGCUGAGACAUGAAAUAGCACCAGGUUUGAAAGUAGUGUGUAAAUCCUGCAACAAAUCCAUGUAUCUCAGCUCCACAUAAUAAGAUUUUAUUGAUUGCUAUAUUGUAUCUGUCAGAAUAAAACUCUCUUAAUGCAUGCAUCAGGAUGGAGAAGAUAGAAAGCUUGUUGGUAGUAGAAUCUGAUUCAAGAAUCAAUGCACUUUGAUUAAUACGAUGUUAAGAAAGUAAGAGUUAUUUAACUUGUUUGAUGCACAUUUCAAAAUGAUGACUCAUAUCUUUUAAGUUUCUUCCUUUAAGCUGUAUUUAAAAAAAAAACCUUUUAGCUGUUUUUCACAUGGCUAAGUCCUGGUUUAUCACUGAAAUUUUGCUAGAUCCUUUUACACAGUAAACAACCCCCCCCCAGUUCCCAUUAACAAUCAUUCCUGUGGCCCAAAAGACUUCCCACAUGCCAUUGUUGAAGGCUUUGGAGGAACAGGGUGGACCUGCUAUCUCUUUAUUCCAUCUGGAUGUUCUGCAGUGAAAGAGGAAGCUCCAGGAAAUAAAAAAAAUAAUAAAAAGGAAAAUUAGUGUGGAAUAAGACAUCAUCAGGAGAAACGAGAAGCCCCCGUCAGUGCUGGCAGGUGCUGCCAGGCUGUGCCGUGUGUGUCUGUGCUUGCUGGACGUGCCUUCUGCUCAGUUCCAGCCUCUCCCCUGUCAUCUGCAAACUCAGGCACCAAGGACAAGCUUUGGCUUAGCUGGGAGCAUCCCACUGCAUUUCCUACUGCAAUUCCCAGGUUGCUCCAGAGAUGGAAUCUGCCCUUGCAGCAGCCAUGAACCCCAGUUGAGGGAAGAAGCCCUCUCAGGCUGGUUUCAGGGAUCUCCAGGUGUCUCUCCCCAUCAGCCUAAGCUCUCCAGUCCGUAGGCUCUUUGGAGAUCUCCACCCCACCAAUUCUGAUGGAAAAGGCAAAGCUUCCUGCACUUUUCCAGCAUGCAGCAAUCUGGUGUUUGUAGGAAAUGCCCUGGGCAGGUCCUUCUUGGUCAGACCCAGCCCAUUCCCUUUCCCAGGCUGGUCUGUGAGGAGAAGGGGCAGGAGAAGCAGUGAGUGAGACACCCCAGCCCUCUGGCAUAGGCUUUUUCCCUGGCACUUGCCUGUCCCCAGAGACAAGCAGGUGUUUCCCUGCCAGGGGAAUUGCUGACAUUGGUGGGUGUAGCACUGACACCUGAAACAGCAAAUGCUUUAGCCUGAUCAAGGCAGAUCAUAAAUAGAAAUGCAUCUGAGUAGCAUCCUGAUCUGCAGGUUUUCUGUUUGUUUGCAGUGUCUUUCCUAGUCACAAAUCCAGUUAAUGGAAAUUCUGUUUUUAAAAAAACUAUUCCCUAAAGUGUUGCAGAUGAUGAGACUUAGGGGUUGGGAAGGCCCAGGGGAUGAAGUGCUGGGUCCUUCCAGGGCUGGGCUCUCGCUGCUCCGUUUGGAGUCUGUUGUGGAAGAUCAUGAGUUGGGUAGGAUGGCAGGACUCACCUGCCUCCCUUGCUAGACCCACCUUUCCACAAAUGGAAGGAGAUGAAAGGACACCCCAAAUAAAUCCCAGCCAUGCCCCAAACACAGCUCCAUGUGCUGCUUGAGGAAGGAUAUCCCCCUGGAUCUUCAUGGUAUGGGAAGAGAGGCUGCAGGCACCUGCUGGGCAGCCUCUCCAGGCCAGCUGUGUGCUGGGCUCCUCUUUCCACCCAGCCCUCAUUUAAGAGGUGUUUCUUUUUCCCUGAGGACACAACAUUGCCAGGUUUGCCCAAUGGCUGAAAGUAUUGAGGUGACCAGGACACAGCGAAAUUAAACCCAAUGUUUCCUUGACUGCUCAUGAGAUGGAUGUUUUCUGCAGCUCAGCAAGUGACUUGGGAUUUUUGUAGCUGUAAAUGAGAGCAGCUUUUGGCACAGAAUGUGUUUGUUCUCUACAAAGCUCUUCUCUAGUUGUAUCAAACAUCUUGGACGCCAAGGCCUUUACUAGUUUGAGAACCUCAGAGUCCAGUUUUCAGGGGUGUGGAGCAAUUGCACCCCAGCCGAGAGUCAGUGGGAACAGCAGGCACCAAAAUCCAGGCUCUUCCCUCUUGGUCUCUUGUUGCUUUUCCCUUUCAAGCCGUGCUCAGGUGGAGCUGCUCUUGCAGCCCAAAGGGAGAGGGGCUCCUUCAGGCUCUGACCACCAAGAGGGAUGUAUCCCAUCCCAGGGAUUAAUGCAAGCAUCUCCAGCUGGGUUAUGUUGUGGAGAUGUCAAGCUGAGCUCUGCAAGCCUGUCAGAAGAUCUAGCAGGAGAAUUACAAGCUGGGAAGUGGGUUAAGAGGGGAAGUGGAGGAUUGAGCUCAGGAUGUGGCAAAGAAAUGGGCUGAACAGUUGUCUUUCUCAUGGUCCUUGGCAGAGGCUGUUGGAUUGUUGGCAAGGCUCUUUCUAGUGGCUGCUUCCUGCUGUAUAAAUAACUUCUGUGUCCAGUGCAGAAUUAAAAAUCUCAUAGGGUAAGGUCAGUAUCAAACCAGCUGAGUGAGAUCUCAUGCAGAGAACAGGACUGUGGUCCUAUCACAAGCACUGGAUUGUCUUGGAUACAGCUGGAUCAGGGCUCCAGGGAUUUUCACUGGUCCAUGCUCAUGAUUUGGGCACUGGGAAGAGUAGUGUUUGCUGUAUCUUCACUGUCACUGAUUCCCUGUGACCAUGGGGCUUUGGGAAGCCCCUUCAGCAGGAAGUGUAAAUGUUGCAGAGUUGUCUGCAGCAGCAACUGCAGGGAGGGGCUUUGCUGUGCCCCAGCGGAGUGCACCAGGGUGGGAAUGGUAGUGAUUAAGCCUGAAUGUUGCUGUGAUCACCCAAAACCCAAACACCAUCCAGCUUUGCAGAUGCCAGACUGGCAGCUGGCUGCUCCAAACGAGUGCUGAGAUCCCUGUGCAGAUGGUUUGUGCCUGUCUCCAGAGCAGAGCUGCUCCAGCCCUUGGUGCAUCUCCAUGGCCUCCUCUGGACUCUCUCCAGAAGCUCCAAGAGUGCUUGACAAAGAGCUGAGCAUCUCUGCGAGGCUCUGGCAUGCAGGGUGUGCUUGGACAGAUAACAGCUGAGGAUGUGAGCAUGCCAGGCUCUUCACUUUCAACAAGACUCAUCCCUCUGGGUUUAGCUCAAGAUGACAGAGAACAUAUUGACUUAAGACUAAUGGUGUUGUGCUGUAAGCAAAAGUCAAGGCUUCUGUAUAUUUAAGCAAACAAUUUAAGGCAGGUAUCUUUCCUCAGAUCCCACCACUGCCUCUCUUAGUCCACAGCCUCCCAUCGUUAUCUCUGCUUUGCUUAAUAAUUCGUCUCACCAGAGACUGGGGCGGGUCACAGCACUGAACAGAAGAGGUAGUGCUCUCCUGAGCUAAGGUGUAAUUGAUCCCUCAGCUGUUCUGCAGAGUCCAGAAGCCAGAGCAGAGGGGCUCAGUCUAAUGUUUUUAUUAUGACAAUUAUGAUUUUUAUCUGUGCACUCCUGGUUACUGAGCUCUUCAAAGUUCUCCCAGCUGAGGGGCAGCCACGUUCAGCUGGGCUGACACACCUUGGAGCAUUCUCUUGUUUAUUAGUCUUCAAGUUUUCUUUUUCAUCUUGCUGUCUGCAGGGAUUUCUAUAAAUAUUGAAAUGCUAAUGUGGAAAAAAAGACCCAACACCAAAACACCACGUUUUUAAUUUUGUACUUACCCAUGUUCUUUCCUGACUUGUCCUCUGGGCAAACCCAUCUGCAGUAAUUCUGGCUGUGAGCAGUGGGGGGGUUCCCUGUGCUCAGCCUACUCGUGUCAUAUCAGUCACCCAUGAGUUCCUGCUAAUGAUGAGUGAACCUACCAAGUCGUGGUUGCUUGGCUGUCAGGAACACUCCAAGGUUCUGCUGGUUUAGCUGCUGUUUUCCAUCAGAGGAAUGUGGCACCCUUGGGACAGGGUGUGCAGCGUCCCUAGGCUGGGGGAGCUUUAUCUGCUGCUUGUCCUUCAGGUCUGUGAUGUGCCCCAGGAGGGGCUCCUGGUCAUGCUGAACAUGCCCAGAAAUGAGGGGUGACGCCUCUGCCAAGGGCAGGCAGGAGCUGGGGUUGCUGCCAAACUCUUCUGAGGUCUAAUUUUCUUUUAAGCCAUUUGGUGAUGUCCUCCCUGGCUGAAACCUGCUGCCCAGGACUUUGUCUGCCAGCAUAUGACAUGGAAGAGGGUCUGAUCCCACCCCAGGCCAAGGCUGGAGCAGGGACCAUAUGCAGCAAUCCCUGAGGCCCUGAAACAAUAACACGGAGAUUGGCCUUUGUAUUUGCUAGCCCAAACCUGCUGGCCGUUUGGGCAUGCUGGGAAGCCCAUCUUGCAGGGGGUCAGAGAUGGUUUGGAGGGGAGCUCCAAGCUCCCCUGAUGUGUCCACAGAUGAAGCUGAAGCUGCUAGCUCUGGUCGUCUGUGGGUUUUGGAGACCUGUCAGCACCACUGCCAGCCUUAGACCAGCCCUUCACCAUCACCUUGGACCCUCAGUGUCUGUGAAGGAACAUGACAUGUUGCCAAGGAUGGGGUGAGCUUUGCAGGUCAUGAAGAAGGCAGCCACAAGACAUGUAUGUAACCUGCAUCUUUCCUGUCCUGUAGUUCUCUGUGUGUUUUUCUCUUUGGAAUGUCAGUCUUUUAAAACCAGAAUGACCAGAAGGUGCACCCCUGGCGUGAAUCCUGCCUGAAGGCAUGGUGCAGCAGGACUAGCUGUCACGUGAGGUUCAUCUGUUCCUGCUUCAGUACUGCCUGGCCUUCUCCCCUGAGCUGGGCAGAGCUCUGAUGGAGCAUGAUGACCCACGAGAUGAGUCCUCUUGAGGGCAGAGCCAGGUUUGACUGGUGACCUGGGUCAGGGUUGUAGAGCAGAGCACAGACAGGGGGAUUUGCACCCAGCAGGCUUCAGGCUGGCCAGGGAUGUUGGCAGAGCAGGCAAGGCAUGAGGGUAUGGGGUGGGGUCAGCCAGCACCAUCCUGGCUGCUCGAGAGGGGACAAUAACCUCCAGGAGCAUUUAAAACUACGGCUGUGAGAGGAAGGUACUGCUGAUUUAUCAGCCAAGAUGAGGGGCAGCUGCAUUCCUCAUCUGUCCAGCAGCAAGGCCCUGACUUCCCCGUCCCCUGGCUGGGUGCAGAGCUGGGCAGAGCACAUUUCUGGGCUGAAAUCAGCCUUGUCUUCCCUGCAGCUUUCACCUCCCGGUUACCCAGAGAUGCUGCUGGCGCUCCCUGCGCCGCUGCGUCUUGUGGCACAGCGUGCUGAGCAGGGCCUUAUUAGCACAGCUCUUUGGGAGAUGCCCUUGAGUGAUUUUUAUAUUU